CAUCGCGUCGCUCGCAGUGCGGAAUCGGCGGUUGUUUGUUGGAGUCGCAGAUCUCAGUCCUCCGUUUGCCGGCGAUGUUUGUUUCCUGACGCGAGUCUCUUCGCGGAUUCGGACCUCCUCCUCUUUGUCGUCACAUUUGCACCGCUACAAAAGCCGUAUGGAGAAACGGGAGCCGGUCGAAAGCGGAUCGGGAAGCGUGUCGAAAUGAGGGCGAUGAACGCGCUGCUGAGGCGGGCGUCGAGCAGCGGCGGAUGGCGGUGUGUGCGGCGCGGGCUCUGCUCUGAGUCGGAUCCAAGCUUUGGAUUGCUGUUUGACAUCGAUGGAGUGUUGGUUCGAGGAAAGACCCCCAUCCCUGCUGCAAAGAGGGCUUUUCAGAAGCUGGUGGACACCAAGGGCCAGUUCUUGGUCCCAGUCGUCUUUGUCACAAAUGCUGGAAACUGCUUACGGCAGAAGAAGGCCGACCAGCUGUCGCACAUACUGGGUGUUCCUAUCUCUCAAGACCAGGUCAUGAUGUCUCACAGCCCUUUAAGGAUGUUCAAGAAAUAUCAUGACAAGUUUGUGCUGGUGUCUGGACAAGGUCCUGUGCUCGACAUCGCCAAAAACGUGGGCUUCACAAACGUGGUUAGCAUCGAUAUGCUACGCGAGUCUUUCCCUCUGCUGGACAUGGUGGACCACAACAGGAGACCCAAACUACCGUCUUCUCCUGUGGCGAACCUGCCCAGAGUCGAAGCUGUAGUUCUCUUCGGAGAGCCCAUCCGGUGGGAAACAAACCUGCAGCUGAUCGUGGACGUGCUUCUGACCAAUGGGAAUUUGAGCAGCGCUUACGAAACGGCUCACUCCACACAUCUGCCUCUCCUGGCCUGCAACAUGGACCUGAUGUGGAUGGCAGAGGCUCAUUCCCCCAGGUUCGGUCACGGCACCUUCAUGGUGUGUCUGGAGAGCAUCUAUAAGAAGAUCACUGGGAAAGAGCUGAAGUACGAGGCGCUGAUGGGGAAACCCAGCGAACUGACCUAUCACUUCGCUGAGUUCCUGAUCAGAGAACAGGCUGUGGAGAGAGGCUGGAGAGCACCAAUCAGAUCGCUGUAUGCCAUCGGAGACAACUUGAUGACUGAUAUCUACGGAGCAAACCUCUACAACCGCUACCUCGAGGAGCGCGUGUCCAGGACAUCCACCAAGGCAGUGGCCAACAUGGUGACGGGCACCGGAGCGCCCGCCAGUGUCCCGGAGGAGGUGGACACGGGGAACGGCUGGGAGAGUGAGCUAGCGUCGCCCUCCGCCACGUCCUGCAAGUCCAUCCUGGUGUGCACAGGAGUCUACAACCCGCACAUGGAGCUGCCCAGAGACGCCAGCCAGUGCAUCAAGGAGACGGUUUUCCACGGACACCGAGAUUUCCGCUUCGACCCCGCGCUGGUGGAGCCCGAGAAGAUCGUGCAAGACGUGGACGCCGCUGUUGAACUCAUCUUCCAGAUGGAGAAGUUCGGGACGGAGGUUUAGCUUCACUAACACAGUAUUAUAACAUCAACAGUCCAUAUUAAAGGGGUAGUUCACUACUUACCCAGCCUCAAGUGGUUAUAAAACUAGCUGGUAACACUUUCAAUUGAUGAUCCAUUAAUAUGUUCACUAACAUGAACAAACUAUUAGUAAUACAUUUAUUACAGUAUUUAUUUACAUUUGUCAAUGCUAUUUCAGUUUAAUAACGCUGCUGUGGAUGAUAAUAAUGCGUCAGUAUAUGCUAAACUAUGAUUAAUAAAUGCUGCACAAGAUUAUUCAUACUUAGUUAAUGCUAAUAAAUACCAUGAACUAAUGGACUAUCAGUCUAAAGUGUUUCCAACUAGUUUUUUAUUUCUGCUGAACGAUAAAAGAGGGGAUUUUCUACUCUCUAAUCUUCUGCUUUCUGCUUUUAAAUGUGCUUUAUGACUAAAUACUAGCGCUGGGCAGAGAUUAAUCACAUCCAAAAUAAAAGUUAGUUGUGACAUAAUAUAUAUAUAUAUGUGUG